GUGAGAGAAUCGUGACGUGAUAGUUGCUAAAUUGAAUUAUAAGGUUCAAAACACGUGUGUUUUAUAGGUAAAGAAAAACUAUUUUCGUGUUGAAUGUAAAGAUUUUGAAAUUGAGCAUGGUUUGUGGUUUACUUUUUGUGUAGAUUUUUAAUAAAUACUUGCACAUAGAUUUGUAAAUAACAGUUAAAAGUGUUUUAUAUACAUAAUUACCAUUAAUAUUUCGGAUAUAUAAUGUGUUGGACAAACGAAACUGAUGCUUUAACAAUGCAUUUCAAUUUGAUCAACAGUUUUUUGAGGAUUUAAUAAUAAAAAUACCCAAAAUAUGUCUAUUAAAGUUUCUUUAGUUAAUGGUAAAUGCAGCUAUGCAAAUUACAAUCUAGCAAAUGGAUUUCUAAUUACUAAACCAAUAAAACAUGUAUACCUAAUACUAAUAAAAACCCACAUUUUGUUUAACUUGCGUUUUUAUAGUUGGUACCUUACAUUGUUAGAUAAAAUUUAUGUUAAAUUACAAACCUGCAGUACUAAUUUUGGAAUAUUGUAUUUUUAAAUAAUUGGGAUUCCUAAUAUUUUAAGUAUUUUGUUCAUAUAAUUUCAUCUAUAUAUUAUUUCAUAUUCAGUAUCAUAUAGUAAUUUGAUGUUUGAGUUUACAAAUAUACUAAUCUAGCAUUACUAAAGUCAUGAAGUUAUGAAAUAAAUGAUAAAAAUUAACCUAAAUUUGCAUAGAUGUCUACAACAAUGGUAUAAAAUCCAAUUGUUUGGUUGUUUUUGCUACACGUAUUUUUCCAUUAUACAUAAGUCACCGUUUGUUUUCAAAACCUGCAUGAAUAAAAUCUUUGGAAUUCACCUAAUUUCGACAAAAAUUAUGAAGUAAUUCUAUUCGAUACAUACACAUACUAAUAGUGUUGAUAAACUUAAGUAUUGGGAAAUAUUUUGAGGCGCAUAGGUAAAUAUUUUAUUCACCAACUACCUUUGUAAAUUUAAUCAUAAUAAACUUAUCCGGUCCACUGGAUUCACUCUUCUAAGACUGGGAGUUAUCAUUGGUCCGCGUUGUAGUUAGUUUACUUUAUAAUAGAGGGCUGUAAGUUAUUAUUAUUUAAAAAAGAAGAAGAAAGUACAUAUUAUACUGUAGGCCAAAAGUUUAAGAUUACCUCAAUUAAAGUGGGAAAAUAAAAUGCCAAUAAAAUAUUGUUUUUAAUCAGACUGUUACAUCAUCCAAUAAAAUACCUUUUGACCAUCAAUAUAUUUGAAAAGCGUAGAGAAAUAUAAACAGUCUAUGCUAAAAGGCUAUAGUUAGCUAAUUGAUUUUUCACAAAAUAAUUCAACUUUACAUUCUAUCACUUUUCACAAGUCUUGAUACAAAGCUCUUACCACAAAAGUUCAAUAGGAUUGAGAACAGGGCUCUGAAGAGGUUAAAUCAUGUUUAAUAACACCCCUUAUGCAUUUGGAACUAUGCUUGGGAUCAUUGUCCUAUUGGAAAAUGAAUCCAUCUCCAAUUAUUCCUAAACCUGAAGGCACGGCAUUUUGUACUGUUCAUAAUUCCGUCAAUUUUGAUUAGAUUGACAGUUCAAUAGCUAGUAAAGCUACCCCAUACCAUAAUAAAGCCACCACCAUGCUUGAUUGUUGGGACUACAGUCUGGUAUCAUAUUUUCUUGGGCACUGCGUUGAAUGUAAAUUUUUCGUUGUGAAACGAAUAGUUCAAACUUCAUUAAAAUCGUGUUCAGUCCAAUUUCGAUGGGCAAGGGCCCAUUGUAUCCCAUUUUUCUUGUUUUGUGGCAUUAGCAAAGGUUUUACAACGGCAACUUGACCAUACAACUUGGCAUAUCUCAGUCGACGUUCUACUGUAUUCAAUGAUAAAGGUUUAACUCUGGUUUUGUUUAUUUCAUCGCGGUUUUUUGCAAGCUUCGUGAAAGAAUGGUCAAGGCUACCCAAGUUCUUAUAAUGUGUCUCCGUCUAGGCCAUUCGUGACUUAUUUGAUGCCAAACCUGAAGCUAAACGUGACAACUGCAAUUGCAAAUUGACAAUAAAACACAUAAAUGUAGAGUGUCCAUCUUUUAACGCAGAAAGAUCAUCAUCAAAUCUACCACGAACAAUAUUUGAAAUUUUAGGACUAAAUACAAUAUUACUAACCUCAAAAAUUACCUCGAUCAUAAAAUUAAUUUAACAAAUAAAUGUAGAUAAAAUACUAACUUGUAUUGUUAAAAAAAAUCGCUGAUAACCAGUAUACGGUUGAUGCGAUUUUAUAAUAAAAAAAGGUAUUACACUGCUAAUUUUGUGUGAUUUAAUUGUAACUGUAACUAGUUACAAUUGAAAAGUAACCAUCCCAACUCUGUUUAUAACGAAACUUUUUUUUGCUUAACGAUUUGGAAAUUGUACUUUCUAAACAUCGACAAUUUGUUGCUAAUUUUCAUUAUUUCAUUCGGUUUAUUAGCCCCAUUUGGGAAACUGUAUUUACACAUGUUAAUUAAAAAAUACCUAUUGAAUUGAAAACCAUUUAACACGUGCAAUUUACACUAAAAAUAUUUAUUGUAGAUAUACAGUAUUUUUUCAUUAUCUUUUUUUAGAAGGAAAAUAUACGUUGAAUUAUCAACAGUGAUGUGACAAUAUAUGAGAUAAAUUAUAACAAGAUUAAACCCAUGUCAAUAAUCUUUAAUAUAAAAAUAGACGCGACUUUCGUAAUCGUUUUAUCUUGCAGUAACUAUCGGAACUUCAGAGAAUGAAUAAGUCGUGAAGUUAGUUUGCGAUUGUCACAAUUGUCAAGGUUACAAUCUUUCUAUAACAUAUUUCCUAGUCUCUCCAAUAAAUAACAUUUCAUUAGAUUUACAAAAAAAAAUGGUUUGGUGCGAACAAAGCUUCUUAAAUAGUUAUCCAUAUUUAAUUAUUGAUAAAAAAUGGCAACAUUGUAAAAACUUGUUUGGUUGAAUACUGUUUUUUUAUUAUCAAAUAGCCAUGCAAUCGUUCUACAAGUGUUUGAAGAUGGAACUUCUGGGAAUUCGUUUUGCUCCUCUACAUGUUCCUUUAGAAAGGAGGCUUCAGACGUUGUCAGCAGCAAUAUGGUUUAUAAUAAUGGCAUUUGGUGGCUUAAUAGGACUUCUACUAGCAAUUUAUUUGGUUCUAUUUACUAAAUUUUGGUGGUUAACACUAUUAUAUCUAACCUACAUUUGGACGAUAGAUAAGGAUGUGAGUGAACGAGGUGGUAGACCGUCAAAAUGGGUAAGGUCUUUUUUGAUAUGGAAGUACACCAUGAAUUAUUUUCCGUUAAAAUUGGAAAAAACGUCAUCAGAGGAAUUGGAUCCAAAAAAAAAUUAUUUGUUUUGUUGCUUUCCUCACGGAAUGCUUUGUACGGGGUCCUUUAACUUUGGAAACGAGUAUAGUAAGUUUAGAAAUUUGUUUCCGAAUCACGAGCCUAGAGUAGUAACAUUGACUCAACACUACCAAAUGCCUUUCUUCAGGGAAUUCGCUUUAUCCUUAGGAGGAAUAUCAGCUUCUUUUGAAUCUAUACAUAAUGUUCUAAGUAGGCCGGAAGGAGGUUAUAUUUGUGUUCUUAUGGUAGGAGGAGCCGCAGAGGCUUAUUUAUGCAAGCCUGGUAGCUAUAGAGUGUUAGUUAAAAAACGAAAAGGCUUUAUCAAGUUAGCUUUAAAAAAUGGUACUCCAUUGGUUCCAGUUUUAUCGUUUGGCGAAACUGAUUUGUUUGAUCAAUUAGAAGGGUCGUGGUUAAGAAUCAUUCAAGAAAGAAUACGAAAGUAUAUCGGAGUGGCACCUAUAUUACCUAUAGGAAGGGGAUUUUUCCAAUACUCGUUUGGAAUUAUACCCAGAAGGCAUCCAGUAACUACUGUUGUUGGUCAACCUUUAGAAGUACCUAAAAUUGAUAAUCCAACGACUGAACAGAUAGAAGAGUACCAUGAAAAAUUCCUUAAACACCUGACUGCAAUGUUCGAAGAACAAAAAUAUAAAUACUUGGAAAAUCCACAAGAAAAACAACUUAUUGCAGAGUGAAAAGUAAAACUUCAAAGUAAACGUCGAAUACUAUCCUGCAAGUGACGAAAUUUGUAUCUAAAAAAUUUUUGGUUUGGAUAUAUUAAAUUAUUUUUAAAUUAUUUUUUUUGUUAUAUUAAACCAGAAUAUGUGCAACUGUGGAAAAUUGAUUAUUAAUAAUGAUUUUAUCAUUUUAGAAUUUUCACUUUUAUAGAUAUUUACAAAUGUAAAUAUCAACUUUUUCUCUAAUUUUUAGGAUUUUGGUUGGAUAUUUAUUUUCCACAGUAACAUAUAUACAAUAUACUGUUAAAGAAUGUGAUAUUGUAUAAUUGUUUAUAAAAAAAUUAUACAGUUGUUUCUAAA